UCCCCAUAUUUUUCUGAGCCUUUUAUCACUUCUACUUUGUUAUUCACAUAGUAGGAGUUGCUAUCUACCAAAAUAACGUACCUAGGUACACAACUCGUCUAUUUUAAAUUGCAAUUAUGAGUUCCGAGGACUCAGAUUUCUAUGGCGACGAUGAAGUUCUGGCAGAUCUUAAAGCCAAAGUAAAGAUAUUCGACGUUGAAGCUUGGUGGGAGGAACAGCGAACUCUUGAUACACCGCUCAAGAUGCAGGCGCAAAAGAAGGAAGCUGUCGAUAUCUCUCACCUACAUAACCCGUUUGCCAAACUCAAGAACGCUUGGCAACUUACCGAGACCAUUGAAGAGUUUGUACAGCGCGUACCACCCGCAACAACAGACGAAACUCCGGAAGACCCUUGGAUUUGGGUGUGUAAUCCAUAUAUCCCCCGCAAGAAGAAGCAUGAAGCAAGUAAUCAAACCAUUCCCGGCGGCCAAGAUGAAGCACCCGAAGAGAUUGGAGCAGACCUGCCAAGUGUAGUUGAAGGCGGGAUGGCAAGACUACAUCUUGCCUCGGAAUUCAUCGACGCAUGCAAAAGGUCUGGAAAUCAGCCAAAUAUAAUCACCCGAGAGUGCCGGAAGGCAGGUAUAGAUGCGGCUAAAGAUAUUCUUAAUCUCGCAAGGGCUCUGCGUGUAAGAUGCGGCAAGUGGAUGCUCUUCUGUUCUGUCCCCCAGGUCAACGAGGUCUGGGAGAUUGUCGCCAAAGCUACGGCAAACAACGAGCUUGGAAUUGGCGCCAAGGUGGCGCCACGAUCGACUACUGAUAAGAGGACGGACCGCCUCAUCUGUGUCUACACCGCCGAUUUCUCUGAUACGCAGGACGUAAGGAGAGUGGCCGAAAGGUUGAAGCAGCUCGGACUUAUCCAAGCUAGGGAUCGACCAAUAUACUACAAACCAGAUGUGUACACUUACCUAGGCAUAGCACGAGGCAAUCCCUGGGAGAUAAGGGCCUCUAUAUACGACAGCAAGUCUAUGCUUAAGAAGUCUUAAAGGGAGAAAAGAAGGCUAUAAUCGACGAAACUAGAUAAAUAAAGGGCCCUCGCAGAAAAUUGUUGAAUUUUUUCGCUACCCUUUACCACUGGGAGCUCGCUGCAUGCAUACCUAAAUCAGAGACUUUGAGGAGUACAGGCACUAAUCUGAGCGUGACCCAAAUUGGAUCUCAAUGCUUGCUUGCUGUCC